AUAAGCUCAGGCCAUGUGGUAAAUGAAGCAGAUUCCUCCUCUCUCUCUCACGGUGUCACCCAAAUGAUCAAAUCCCAUUCGAAAUUGUACUUUCGACUAAUUUAUUUUACACACUCUCUCUCUCUCUCCCCUCACAUCUCCUCACAUUCCCAAGGUUCAUUGUUGGAGCAGUGAAACCCAUCACCAGAACACUGCCGUCCGGGACCAUCAAAGAUCUGCCGGAGCAUCACCGGAUCACCGUGGUAAGCCAUGAAUGGAGACAAAGAAGCAGAUGACGACAAUGAACAAAUUCAGAGACAAGUUCGGAGAUUGGAGUAUUCAAUUACAGAUCUUCCGAUGCCCAUCUUUGUCGAUAUUCUGCGAAGACUUCCUGUGAAGACGAUUGUACAUUGUAGGUGCGUUUCCAAAUCUUGACGAUUGUACUUUAUAAUUUUGGACCCUCAAUUUGCCAAGCAGCACUUUUUGGGGCAAGAGCCCUGUACUCUGCUUCGGACCUUAGGUUCUGUGUCAAGAACGCUUUACUUGGUCGAGCCUGAAACUUGCCACAAUUUUGACCUUGGGUACUGCUUAUGUGAUAGUGGUUGUUAUGGAUUUAGUACCUGUUGCUCUGAUCAACGCGUUAAAACUCGCCACAAUUUUGAUCUUGGGUACUGCAGUUGGUAUUGCAGUUAUGAUUCUGACAACGAAGGCCGUUGUUAUGUUACCUGCUCUUAUCAGUGUGUUAAAACUCAUCACAUGAAGCUUGACACCAAAUUGAAGAUCCCAUUGCGCAAUCCUGAAAUGGUGCUCAACGAUGAAUUUGGUGAUGCCCAAAGGGGUUGCUCUUCUAAACGCAGUGGAGUUAAAAGGAAACGUUACAUCAAAGUUAAACCCAAAGAACAAAGAUUCAAGAUUGUGAAUUCAUGCAAUGGUUUCCUUUGUGAUGACCCUCUUGUUGUGUGUAAUCCUAUCACGGGUGAGUAUACAAACUUUCCGGUGUUUGAGAGGGCUGGUGAGAAAAGAAAACUUUUCUUUGGUUGUGGGUUCGGCUUCAGUCCAAUUACUAAUCAAUACAAGGUGAUUAGAAUGUUUAAGCAAGUGAUUUGUGAUCCUGUUACAGGUAUAAAGACAUAUAGUAGGACGACUGAGAUACAAAGACUCGGCACAGAAUCGUGGAAAAGCAUUGGUGGUGGUCCCAUUUCAUCUUAUUAGCUAGCAUUUCCCACUUAUCUAGAGGGAUGUAUUCAUUGGAUCUGUAUUGAUUUAAGAAGUUCUGAUUAUAUAGUUUCUUUCAACUUUGACAACGAGCAGUUCCAAUCAGUUCCACCACCUCCUCGUACAAAUGGUGACACCAACACAGUUAGUUUCAGUGCAAUGCGUAAGGUUUCCAUGGGAAUACUAAAAGGCUGUCUAUGGAUAUGUGAAGCCUCCAAUUACAUUAACAUAUGGGUUAUGAAGAAAUAUGGUGUUCAAGAAUCAUGGACAAAAUUGUUUGCUAUUGAUACUAUAAAUGAUCCGAGGUGGUCUGUUGGUCUAUAUCAGCCAAUAAAGUACCUUGAAGAUGGAGCAAUAUUGAUGUUUCAUUAUUUUACAAGUACUCUGAUCUGUUAUGACCCCGAUGGACCAAAACUUAAAUAUCUAAAGAUUCAUGGCACUAAAAUGAAAUUCGAAGCAAUCGUUCAUAGUCCAAGUUUCAUUUCACUAAAGGAAGCUGUUGUUGGAGAUAAUGCGAUGGUGCUGAAUAUAUAUUCAAGGUGUGCAGGAUUCAAAGUGCUUGGAGAUACUAAAGAUCUUUCGUUAGCGGAGCAAAUUAGGGACAUGGAAUAUUUUGAUGAUUUUGAUCCAGGAUAUUCUGAUGAUUCUGAGAUGACAGAUGGACGAAUCACUUAUUCGUCGUCCGAAACUGACAAAUGGAGGAAGCACCGGUGUCUGAAAUGGUGAAGCUUCAAAGCUAUAUCUGGAUGUCGAGGAGUUGAGCAAUUCUAACUUUCCAGGAAGGGUCAUGGAGGUUUGAUAUCACCAAGAAUGACACCUAAAGUUCUUAUUUUGCGUACUUUUAGUAGUUUUGGGUACUUUUUUGUGGUUAUGGGAAGACUAUUGAAGGCUUGGCUGAGUAGGCCACAAGAAACAAUUGUCAUUUUUUUUUGUUGAUAUAUGAAUUGUUCUUCAUAUAUCCUAGGUGAAUGGAAAGUAUAUUCAGACCUAAACCCUAGAAGAUACAACUACUGAUAUCUUUUCAUGCUUGACUAAAGUUUACCUGGAAGUUCUCAUGA